CCGCCGGCGGGAAAGCCGCUUCCCUCUAUCUUUCCCCCAUUUACGCCGUCGAUUCGUCGCUGCCGGGUUGAAUUCUGCCGCCGUUUAUGCGCCUCCGCCACUCCGACGCCAAAUUCACCCAAUCACGUCAUGAUAUUCUGCCCGAUUCACCUAUUGGGUCGAAUCCCUUCACCCAGGUUGCGGUUUUCUGUGAUUUCAAGAUAGCUUCCAUGAACCUCGUUGCUUUUGCUAAUUCUGGUGCUCUGGUGUUCUUGGCUUUCAUUUCAGCAUUCAUUCUGCAGUACAAAGUUGUUCCCAGAUAA